AUGUCUCUUGACGACGACGGCGCCAUGCCAGAGAUCCACAAGCUACGCAACAAUAUUGAGUUUGCCGCCACGUCGCAGUUCUUCCACACCUUCCAAUCGGCAUUCCGUCCUUGGCCUGCUCACUACAACCCUGCAUCUCUUUUGGUUCAAGUCCAUGCACUCACGCAUCGCAACAAGAAACAAUCCGAUGACGAUUAUGUCUUUACUACAGAGGAUUUGGAAAAGAUGAUCCUGGAUCCAACAGAACGUUACCGUAUCCAAGAGCUCAUGGUACGCAUGCUACGUCUCUUAACACGCAAUCGCUUCAUAAACAAUGACACGUGGCAAAUGUACUUUGCUCGGGAAAUUGAUAAACGCGGUGAACUAGAGGAGAAUCCCUUUUACGAGCACGUAGAACAACAACCUGACGAUGGUAGCCAUGACAACAAGGAUGUCGCUAUGAAGGAUGCUGUCAAAGAGGAUCCCAAACAGGAGGAUGACAAAAAGGAUGAUCCAGUACAAGAUGAAGGCGUUAAGCAAGAGGAUGGCAUCAAGCAAGAGAAUGGCACCAAAGAAGAUGACGAUCCAAAGCAAGCAUCGGUUGAAGAACAAGAGCAGCAGCAGCAGCAGCAACCCGUCAAGGAGAGACGACCAAUCAAUUACUUUGACAUGCCAUUGGAACUACGUGUUCAUCUUCUUCACACUUUGUGCGAGUGGCAAUUGGAUGAUGCUGAGCGUUUCAGGGAACAUCUUGAUAGCGAAGAAGAUGCUGUGCAUUGGAGGGUGGAUCCAAUUGGUUAUGAUGCGAAAGGAAGCUUGUAUUGGCUUUUCGAUGAUAAUCGAUUAUACAAGGAGAUGCCUGAGCCAAAGAAGAAAAAGGCCAAACCAAAAAAGAAGCCUGUUCGCAAGGGUCGCGCUGGUGUGCGUAGAAGCUCACGUCGUGCUGCCCAGGCAACCGCACAAGAAGAGGAGGAGGCGGAGGAAGAGACUGAAAAUUGGGUUCCAUGGCAACUGUUAUGCGUCACCAGCCAAGAAUGGGAAGCGUUUCCAAAGCGAUUUGAAAACAGCCAGCAUCCUGAUGAACAGAAUUUCUACAGCCUUCUUGUUGAAGAUGUCCUACCCAAAGUACUUCCAGUCAUCCAAGAGCAUGAAGAAGCUUUGAAAAAGAAGGAUGCCAUGAAAUAUCGUAAACGGAGCUCGCGUCUUAUUUCGCGUGAAUUGGAAGCAUUGGAACGUGAUCAUCAGCAACAGCAGCUUAUUGUGACUGAUACACGACGUUCGACUAGACGACAAGAAAUCGCUCGCAAACGAGAGGAGGAGGAAAAAGUGACAGCUGCUCAAGCACGUGAAGAACGAUUACGAGAACGUGAACGACGUAUCCAACAACGUGAAAAUGCUCAAGCUGAAGAGGAAAGACGACAAGCCAUGGCUGAAAGUUUACGUGAGCAGGAAGCUAAGGAACGUGAGGAGAAGAUGUUGCAACAACAAGCCAAACGUCAAAACAAGAGGAAACAGUCGCAAUCAGCAGCACCCAAAAAGAGAGGACGUAAGCCAAAGAACAAGCAUGCUGAGGAAGAAGAUGUAUGGCAAUUUGAUUGUGUCUGUGGCGUCUCAGGUGAAAACAUUGAUGAUGGCACACCCUUGAUUGCAUGUGAGCGUUGUGGAAAAUGGCAGCACAUUCGAUGUUUACAAAAGGACGGUCAAUUGGAGGAAGGUCGAAAGAGUUUUGCCAGCUAUUCGUUCUUUUGCAAGCCGUGUACAGCAAAAGGAUCACAAGAUGUGGAUAUUGAUGGCGUGGAUGACAAUGAAACGACGCUUCCACCACCACAUACACCAAGAAAAUUGACCAUUAUCCAAAGUCAACCUCCACCACCUCCACCACCCUCUUCUCAUUAUCAGCAACCUCCUCGACAAUAUCAUCAACCUCCCAUCUCCAUACCGCAUCCACAGAUGCCUCCAACAAACGGUCAUCAUCAGCAUUAUCAGCAUCAUCAUAACAAUAAUCAUCAUCAUCAUCACCCAUACGUACCAUUGCAGCCAUGGAUACACCAUCAACCACAGCAACCGCCACAGCAACAGCAACAACAGCAACCCCCCUUGGCAGCACGACAUACAAUGGGCCAACACGCAUUUCCUUUGCUUAGCCCCAUGGUACCAAACGAUCCAUCGAAUGGCAACAAUGGUCAUAUGCAAUACAACAUGUACCGCAAUACAUUACCACCAUUGCUACCUCAACUUCCCGUUCCUGGUGUACCACCUGUAGCGCCUCGUCCUACUGCCAAAUCUACACCUUCCACUACUACUACAACGACGCCGACUACCACCACCGCGACGAAUGGAUACAUGCAUUUCCAAGACACUGAACGUAAAGGCCAAUGA